CGUUGCCCAGCCCAGCUCCCUCUGCACAGCUUCCACGCCCGCCCAGCUCUCGUCUCGCCACGGGGACACGCGCGUGCAGGUCACCCCUUCAACGACUGCCCAACCCUCUCUGCAGCCAUGCAUCUGCUCACGGCAGCGAGGUCGCUCCUCGCCGCGGCCCUGGCCUUCCAGGUCGCCUCGGCGCACAACAUCGUCCUGCCCGCCCACGGCCUCGAGUGCUUCCACGAGAACCUGCACCGCGACGACAAGAUGACCGUUACCUUCCAGGUCGGCGAUCGCGAGUUUGGCAGCGCGGGGAACCUCGACAUUGACUUUUGGAUUGUCAACCCCUCAGGUGGUUAUGAGGUCAACGAGAAGACCGUCUCCAACGGCGACCACUCCAUCGUCGCCAAAACCGAUGGAAAGUUCACGUACUGCUUCGGCAACCAGCACUGGGGUGCCAACAGCAAGGAGGUGUCAUUCAACGUCCACGGCAUCGUCUAUGUCAGCGAGUCUGACAUGCCCUCCGAUCCCAUCGAGUCCGAAGUCCGCCGUCUGACCGACCUCCUCGCCCAAGUCAAGGACGAGCAGUCUUACAUUGUCGUCCGCGAGCGCACUCACCGCAACACCGCCGAGAGCACCAAUGCCCGCGUCAAGUGGUGGAACCUGUUUGUCAUUGGUGUCGUCAUUGGAGAGUCCCUGUUCCAGGUCUGGUGGCUGCGGCGCUUCUUCGAGGUCAAGCGGGUCGUCUAAGCGGCUCUGCAUCUUCUCUUCGAAUUUUACCAGGCUUGCCGCGUGGCGACGACGGAGGGGAAGCGGCACGGCUUCCCUCGGCGGGCUCCGCGGACAAACAGGCUGGAGACGCGCAUGUGUGCGAGUUGCUGUUUGUCUGAUGCACCAGCGGGUUUGCGAGGGUCGCACAUUUCUGGCGCAACGGCUCGGGACGGGUCUCGAGAAUUUUGAUGACCAAAAGAACAAAGGAGGCAUUGUGUGGCUAGCAUGUGGUAAUAUGAUAGAACCGUGGUCGGCUCCUGUAAUUGGUACGAGGCACAUUGACGCCGAAUGAUGGGCCAGCCUGAUCUCACCCAAAACUGAACGACUCUCACCAUGUCUCUACAUCUGACACAAGGCUCGAGGGCUGACUUUACGAGUCCCAAUUAUUCAAAUUCAGUGCG